AUGUCUGCUCCUGGGAAUUAUCCAAUAGAAAGUGGCGAACCAGUAGGACAGACGGAAGGCGGCGUGCCUUACGAACAUGAUUCUGCAUAUGAGGACUUGCCAGAGGAAGCACUGACUGAAAAUCCAUUCGACACUGAAAGUAGUCGCAUCCUAUUCAAUGCGAUUGACCAGCUGCAAAGCUGCGAUGCAGGUCAAGACAUUGACAUUCCGCAGCUAGUCAUUGUAGGUGGCCAGUCUACUGGUAAAUCUUCGUUGCUCCAAAGCCUUGUAGACAUUCCUUUCCCAACUGGUCAGGGAUGUUGCACUCGCUUUGCCACCCGUAUCGUCUCCCGCCGCACACCUCCAGGCUCAAAGAAUGAGUGCGUCAUUACGAUUGUCAAGCCGGACUUCGACAUCAAAGACUAUUACAGUCUAAAUGAGCACUUCAACUACGACAUCCGCCCCAACCAUCACACCUUCAGGUACCAAAGCGAGACGCUCAGCGCGCAAGACUUCCUCCAUGUCAUGAAGGAAGUGGAGGAAAAGUACAUGGGCAUCAAGUCGGGCAAGCGCCGAGGAGCAAAGAACUUCGCAACCGAGGUACUCAAAGUUGAGCUCAGCGGACCCAAGCGAUCUCAUUUCAGCAUCCUUGACAUCCCGGGAGUUUUCGCAACGCCAGUCGACGUCAACGUUGAAGAAAUGGAAGGUGUCCGGCGAAUGGUCAUUGAGUAUCUGAGAAAGCCGCAAAAUCUUGUUAUCUGUGUCGCCGAUGCUGGCAGUGAUCUAGCAAAUCAAGGUGUCUUCACAUUAGCCGCGGAGCACGUCCAGAAGAGCCGGCUCAUCGGCGUGUUCACAAAAUGUGACAAUUUGAAGGAAUCUGGAGACGUCAGCUCAAUGCAGCACGGUUGGUUUGUUGUCCGUAAUCGGAGAGGUGACGAAGGUAUUUCCUUCGACCUGAACGCUGCAGAAAGAGAUUUGUUCGACAGUUCCCCAUGGGCUGCCAUACCCAAGACGCGACGAGGAUCCAGAAUGCUAAAGAAAUUCCUGGGAGAUAUCCUGUGUUCUCGAAUCCGUCAAGAGUUCCCAAGCCUCCAGCAAAAGGUCAGGGACUUAUUGAAGGAAACAUUGGCGGCCAGAAAAUCAUUAGGAGACCCACGACCCACUCAUCAUCAUCGCGUACAGUACCUUGUCGACAUCGUGCAAAAGUUUCAACGUGCCGCCCAGCAGGCUUUAGAUAGUCCUGGUCGGCUGCCAUCAAAGGAGAUGCGCGUUCGCGGAAUCGUCGCAGCAAAGAAUCGCAACUUCGACGAUGAAAUGAGAGAUCAAGGACAUUACUAUGAAUUCGAAGAAAAAAAACCUCAGAAGAACCCAAACGUCCUGGAGUCUUUACCAUUCAAUACUGAAGGAGUAUCGGAUAUUCGACAAGAGAUCAGGGAGCAAAUAGAAAUCUUCCGAAGCAGUGGACUCCCUGGAUUGUUGAACAUUGAUGUCUUCCCAGUGCUUUACAAGAUCCAGACACAAAAGUGGCUUGAUAUGGCAACUGAUCACCUCCAUGACGUUGCUAAUGAUACAAUUUUGGCGGCUACAAGUAUUCUGACGCUUUUGAAUCAGGAAUAUCACUUGUGUCCCAAUGCACGGGAUGGCUUUGUCGAGAUCAUUCAGGACUUCCAUCGGUCUGCGCAUGACAAGGCUGAGAAGCUAUUGAUAGACUAUAUGGUGAAAGAAAAAGAGUUCCCACUUCAGACUACGAACCCGGUAUUUGAAGAUAGGAUCGAGGGUCUAAGGACGAUGCGAAUCCAGGAAGCCACUCGGGAUCAUAAAAAGGCCAUGGAACUGUGGAUUGAGAAGAAACUUAAGAAGGACAAACUCACCACUCCCGCCGUUAUGGAAAUGGUCGAUCACGUGUUGACAUUCCUGCACUAUAAUGCUGAUACAAGAAUGGAGAAUGAAGUGCACGAUGUGCUCCGAGUCUACUAUGAGCUGGCACUGCAGUCGUUCAUCGACUUCACCACCAAGCGAAUUAUCGAGGACUUCGUAUCUAGCAAGACAGGACCCCUGCUUGGUCUGUCCACAGAUUACGUUCUCAACCUCUCCGAGACCGAGGUAGAGAAGCUGGCACGCGAGGACGACAGCGUGUUGUCGAAGAGGGACAAGUACGACGAAAAAAUAGCCAGACUUGAACAAUCUUAUGCCAUUGCCGAACGAGCUUGGAAGCAGACUACACCCCAUUAG